AUGGUUUCAAAGGAAAAAGAAAUGAAUUUGGUUCCGACAAGACCUCAUUCGAGAACUCGUCUUGAAUACCGUUCAAAUGGGAUAUCCAUUUAUUAUAGACGUGCGAAUGACGGCGUCGAAGAAGAAAUGAUGAGACUUCGUGUGAUAAAAGAUGAAAAUCAAAUCGAUGAUUCUCUUCGCUCGUCUAAAUCUUCACCCCCAGAAUCAUCCUCAUCGAUUACCAUUCCGUUGGAGUCUUCGAAUAAGAAAAUGAAAAUGAAAAUGAAGAAAAAAAAGAAAUCGACCUCUUCAAAACACAAGAAGCGAAGGACAUCUCGUCCAUUUAAUGUUUCGAAAAAAUGGAAUAAAAAAAAGAAAAAAGAGGAAAAGAUAGAUUGGAUGGAUGAGGAUACAAUUCGUAUUCUGAAUGAAUUGCAGAUUUUGAAUCACAAAAUUCGAAAAAGAUUCCAAGUUGGUACUAUUUGUCCAUCAGCUGCACAGAGAUCAAACUUUUCAAUCACUUCCAUUUCUUCUUCAUCUUUUCCUUCUAUUUCUGCUUCGAAGUCAUCGAAAUCAACUCGAAACUCUUCCAAAAAAGACAAAUCAAUUUCCCCAGUUGGCACUGCGGAAGCUUUUGAUUAUUGUGGACGACCUAUCAAAUAUCCAUUUUACGCCAAUUCGUUUCCUGGUGCUCAACCUGUUCAACCUGAGAAAAAACCCAAAGAAGUCCUUCUGAUGAGAUCCAAAAAAGAAACGCAGAAUGACGAUUAUUCUAAGAAUCCUGAUCCUUCUGAUUUCUUGAAACCGCCAGUUCCUCCAGUUUCAUCUUCUUCGUCUUUCUCCACUUCUUUUUCAAAUUCUUCAGAAUCAGAAUACAAACCAAAUAGUCAGAAAUUGACACGUGUCAGUUCUGAUACCAAAUUUCCGAAUGCUCGAUCUCCUGCAACACGCGAAAAACUUCGAUUGAUGGUGAAGGAAUGUAUUUUGAAAAAGAUAAUUAGAGAAUCUGGAAAUGAGAAUUUGGAUAAAUUCACUGGGAGAUUGAAGAGACUUCGGACAGAAAUUGAUGGAAUAGAAAAGAAAAAAGAAGAGAAAAAGAUGGAAAAGGAGAAAAAAGAAGUAGAAGAAGAAGAAGAAGAGAACUCUUGUUCCAGUCUUAAGACGAUUUACUCAAAGAGUAUGAAUUCGAUGGGAUGUGAUUCAUGUAACAGUUGUGUUGAAUGUAUCAUUUCUUGCACAGAGGAGCAUUCGGAAAAGAGUAAAAACCCGAAAAAAAAGAAGAAUAAAAAGAAGAAUAAGAACAAGUCGAAGAAAUCUUUUCGUUCGUCUUCAACUUCAACUGCUUAUAAAUCUUUCGAAAGUUCGAAGAGUUCAGGCAAAAGAGUCAAAAAGUUGAUGAAACGACAACUGUUCUGA